AUGGCAAUCCAUUCUCUUGACGAGUUGGCCAUGCCGCCGUCAAAGCAUAAUACGAUUGACCAUGCCUCACUCACCACGACCUUCACUGCUCCCCCAGCUAUGGCACAGCGGACCACAAAUGGAACCGACUUGCCGCGACCGUCCACGACGGCAAGCCACCAGAGCUAUCUUGGUGAACAGUCUCUCAUGUCGUACUCUUCUCCAUCUGCCUCGGUUGCUCCAAGUCUCAACGACUCCUUCGCAGAGAUUGUCAAUGACGAAUUCAUGAAGGUCACUGGAGCCGCCUCGCUCCCACCGGAAAAGAGGGUGGAAGCGUACGCCGAGGCAUUUUUCAAGUACGUCUAUCACCGCAUGGCCAUCAUCGAUCGAAGUGACCUCCAGACGGAUCGUCCCUCCCUCUUGUUAUCCCAGGCUCUGUGUCUAGUGGGGACGCUCCUCCGUCAUCCACGGGGGACUUCGCCGCUCCAUUCCGGGGAGAUUUACUAUGUCAGAGCAAAGACGUUGCUUUCGGUCAACCACGAGAGGGACCAUCUCACGAUCCUCAAAUCAUUAUGCCUUUUGGCCUGCUGGAACGUCACGCCUGCCACCAUGGUCAGCCUAGAUGGCUCGUGGCAUUGGAUUGGACUGGCAAUUCGGCUGGCUCUUCAGAUUGGCAUCCACAAAGAUGCAACAUGUUCUCAGCUCCCUAAUGCUGGCGUAGCCCGACGAAUAGCCUGGUAUCUCUUUUCUCAGGAUAAAUUCCAAACCGCAUAUUUUGGCCGGCCCAUGUGUAUGCAACCCAAGGACUUUGAUGUCCGCCGUCUGCGUCUGGAGGAUUUUGAGACUCCCGACGAGCAGGCGGAGAUAUUCAUGGAAUAUACAAGACUUGCAUCGAUUUUAGGAGGCAUGCUUGAAACUCAGAGGCCGGAAUACGUUUCGUCAAUGGACAAGGAUCUGGGCAUCUUGGAAUCGCUUCGCAAUUGGGUGCAUGAGCUCCCGCCACACAUACAGCUGUACGACACUCGCGGCCGCAAGGUCUACCGGCGAGACGUCUACGAGAUCCACAUCAUCUACUUCGUCAACAUCAUCAUGUUUCAUCUGUGUGUACCCGCCGUGCGAUCCACCGCCACAUCGAUUGCCGCCCUGGUGGCCUCAUCGUGCCUGGCGCGCCUGUACGAGGAGAUCGAGUGGCGAGACGACAUCAACUAUUUCCUCUCGGUCCACCACUGGUACGUGAUGGUCGCGUGCGUGCCGCAGGCCCACUACAGCGCCAGCCUCUACGACCCAGACAACCUCUGCACGGAGGAACUCAACAUCUUCAUCAAGAUCCUGGAACAGAUGCGCACCAAGUGGCCGGCGGUCGAAACCCUGCUGAAAAAGGUCGAGCGGCUGCGGCAGUCUCCGCUGGGGCAGAUGGACAACGGCAGCGGGCACAUGGGGACUCUCCAGGACGGCACCGCGAGCAGCGGGAGCGUGCCCAUGUCCACGAUUGCCGCGCUGUUCCCUUUCCCGAGCUCGGUGUGUCCGCGGAUGGGCCUCCUGGAGGAAGACAUUACGCAGCAGGGGGAUUUCAGCCUCAUAGCCGCCCAGGCAUUCAGCGAUGAGGACUUAGACCGUUUCUUUGCGGAAAUCAUUCAAUAG